CAUAUAGAAAUUCAUGAUAGUAAUCAUAUUCAUGACCUCUCAAAAGAUUUAUCAGGGCACCCAAUAUCACGUCGAUUCACAAAUCAACAAUUAGCAAGGGUUGCAAAAAUGACUACCUCCGGUUCACGUCCUCAGGAAAUAAUAUUAGCUAUUUGCCAAAAUAAUCUAUCAGCAUCAGUAAUAAAUAAAGAUAUCUAUAACACACAUCAGCAGCUUCGCCAACGAAAUUUAGCAGGCUGUACUCCAGUUGAAGCAUUGAUUGAUGAGCUUAGAGAAGAUGAUUAUAUGUAUGAAUACAAAUAUAAUGAUAUAGGCCAUAUUACUCACCUUUUCUUCACUUAUAAUGAAUCUGUUCUACUUACUUGUUGA